GUCAUAAUUGAAGAGCCAGUACUUGAAGAAGUCCACAUUGGCAGGAAAACCGAUAACCAGCGUCCCACAAUAGUAAAAGAUAUGUCGGGGUUGGAGUCCUUCAUGGCAACUGAUUUGGAUCAAUAUGUAGCCCCAAGGUUUAAAGCAGAUCAACCACUCCAAGAGGAUAUUAUUGAAAACAAAUUUGAACAAAUUAUCCUAACAAAGGAUAAAGAGAAAGACAUUCACCCAAUUGCCUCUGACACAUUUGCUUUCAGCUCAGAGCAUAAAUAUUUUGAAGAAACUCCUCUAAGUGGAGAUAUAAUUAGGGCACCUCUUUCCAGUUUGGGAGAAGACUAUGAAGGACAUGCAGUUGUCCAUCAUACGAAGACUAACAAUGAAAAAGUCAUAGAUGAUGAGCCAUUACUUGAUGAGGUCUACAUUAACAGGAAAACUGAUAGCAAGGAUUCCAUAGCAACAAAAGAUAUGUCAGGGUUGGAAUCCUUUAUGGCAACUGACUUGGAUCAGUGUCCAGCAGCAAGAUUUGAAGCAGAUCAACCACAGCAAGAGGAUAUCAUUGAGGAAAAUGUUGAACAAGUUGUCCUGAAUAAAAAAGAAAAAUACAUUCAUGAAAUUACCUCUGAUGAGGUUGUGUUCGGAACAGAACAUACAUAUUUUGAAGAAACUGUUACAAGUGGAGACCAAAAUAGAACACCUCAUUCCAGUUACGGAGAAGAUGAUGAACCACUUGCUGUGGGCUCUCAAAUCAACACUGAUAAUGAAGAAAGCACUGUGGAUGAACCACUACUUGAAGAAGUCUACAUAAGCAGAAACAAUGAUGGCAAGGCUCCUACACAAGCAAAAGAUAUGUCAGGGUUGGAGUCCUUCAUGGCAGCUGACUUGGAUGAGUGUCCAGCCAGAAAGUUUGAAGCAGAGCAACCAGAGCAAGAAGAUAUUAUUGAGGAACAUUUUGAACAGAUUAUCCUAACCAAAGAUAAAAAGAAAGACAUCCACCAAAUUACCUCUGAUGAGGAUGUGUUCGGCACAGAACAUAAAUAUUUUGAAGAAACGGUUAUAAGUGAAGACAGAAAAAGAACCCCUUAUUCCAGUUUUGGAGAAGAUGAUGAAAUACUUGUUGUGGGCUCUCAAAUGAACACCGAUGAUGAGAAAAUCAUAGUGGAUAGACCACUACUUGAAGAAGUCCACAUGAGCAGGACAACUGAUAACCAGCGUCCCACAGGAGUGAAAGGUAUGUCGGAGUCCUUCAUGGCAACUGAUUUGGGUCAGUGUCUACCAACAAGGUUUGUAGCAGAUCAACCACAGCAAGAGAAAAUUAUUGAGGAAAAUGAUGAAAAAGUUAUCCUAACAAAGGAUAAAGAAAAAUACAUUCACCAAAUUACCUCUGAUGAGGUUGUGUUCGGCGCAGAACAUAAAUAUUAUAAAGAAACUGUUAUUAGUGGAGACAGAAAUAGAACACCUUGUUCCAGUUUGGGAGAAGAUGAUGAAGGACUUGCUGUGGGACCUCAAAUGAACACUGGUGAUGAAGGAAUUACAGUGGAUGAACCACUACUUGAAGUCCACAUUAGCAGACAUAGUGAUGGCAAAGCUCCUACCCAAGCAAAAGAUAUGUCAGGGUUGGAAUCCUUCAUGGCAACUGACUUGGAUCAGUGUCCAGCAACAAGGUUUGUAGCAGAUCAACCACAGCAAGAGCGUAAUAUUGAGGAACAUUUUGAACACAUUAUCCUAACCAAGGAUAAAAACAAAGACAUCCACCAAAUUACCUCUGAUGAGGUUCUGUUUGGCACAGAACAUAAAUAUUUUGAAGAAACUGUUAUAUGUGGAGAAGGAAGUAGAACCCCUUAUUCCAGUUUGGGAGAAGAUGAUGAACUACUUGCUGUGGGCUCUCAAAUGAGCACUGAUGAUGAAGAAAUCUCAGUGGAUGAACCAAUAUUUAAAGAGGUCCACAUUAGCAGAAAAAGUGAUAGCAAGGCUUCCAUAGCAACAAAAGAUAUGUCAGGGUUGGAGUCAUACAUGGCAGCUGACUUGGAUCAGUGUCCAGCAACAAGGUUUGUAGCAGAUCAACCACAGCAAGAUGAUAUUAUUGAGGAACAUUUUCAACAAAUUAUCCUAACCAAGGAUAAAAAUAAAGACAUCCACCAAAUUACCUCUGACGAGGAUGUGUUCGGUACAGAACAUAAAUAUUUUGAAGAAACUGUUAUAAGUGGAGAAGGAAAUAGAACCCCUUAUUCCAGUUUGGGAGAAUAUGAUGAAGGACUUGCUGUGGGCCCUCAAAUGAACACUGAUAAUGAAGGAAUCACAAUGGAUGAACCACUACUUGAAAAAGUCCACAAUAGCAGAAAUAAUGAUGGCAAAGUUUCUACACAAGCAAAAGAUAUGUCAGGGUUGGAGUCCUUCAUGGCAACAGGCUUGGAUCAGUGUCUAGCAACAAGGUUUGUAGCAGAUCAACCACAGCAAGAGUAUAUUAUUGAGGAACAUUUUGAACAACCUAUCCUCACCAAGGAUAAAGACAAAGGCAUCCCCCAAAUUACCUCUGAUGAGGUUGUGUUCGGCAUAGAACAUCAAUAUUUUGAAGAAACGGUUACAAGUGAAGACCAAAAUAGAACACCUCACUCCAGUUUGGGAGAAGAUGAUGAACUACUUGCUGUGGGCCUUCAAAUGAACACUGAUGAUGAAAAAAUCACAGUGGACGAACCACUACUUGAAGAAGUCCACAUUAGCAGAAAACAUGAUAGUAAGGCUUCUAUAGCAGCAAAAGAUAUGUCAGGGUUAGAGUCCUACAUGGCAGCAGGCUUGGAUCAGUGUCUAGCAACAAGGGUUGUCGCAUAUCAUCCACAGCAAGAGGAUAUUAUUGAGGAAAAUUUUGAACAAACUAUCCUAACCAAGGAUAAAGACAAAGGCAUGCCCCAAAUUACCUCUGAUGAGGUUGUGUUCGGCACAGAACAUAAAUAUUUUGAAGAAACGGUUACAAGUGAAGACCAAAAUAGAACACCUCACUCCAGUUUGGGAGAAGAUGAUGAACUACUUGCCGUGGGCCCUCAAAUGAACACUGACGAUGAAGAAAUCACAGUGGAUGAACCACUACUUGAAGAAGUCCACAUUAGCAGAAAACAUGAUAGUAAGGCUUCUAUAGCAGCAAAAGAUAUGUCAGGGUUAGAGUCCUACAUGGCAACAGGCUUGGAUCAGUGUCUAGCAACAUCGUUUGUAGCAGAUCAACCACAGCAAGAGCAUAUUAUUGAGGAAAAUUUUGAACAAACUAUCCUAACCAAGGAUGAAGACAAAGGCAUCCCCCAAAUUACCUCUGAUGAGGUUGUGUUCGGCACAGAACAUAAAUAUUUUGAAGAAACGGUUACAAGUGAAGACCAAAAUAGAACACCUCACUCCAGUUUGGGAGAAGAUGAUGAACUACUUGCCGUGGGCCCUCAAAUGAACACUGAUGAAGAAAUCACAGUGGACGAACCACUACUUGAAGAAGUCCACAUUAGCAGAAAACAUGAUAGUAAGGCUUCUAUAGCAGCAAAAGAUAUGUCAGGGUUAGAGUCGUACAUGGCAACAGGCUUGGAUCAGUGUCUAGCAACAAGGGUUGUCGCAUAUCAACCACAGCAAGAGGAUAUUAUUGAGGAAAAUUUUGAACAAACUAUCCUAACUAAGGAUAAAGACAAAGGCAUCCCUCAAAUUAUUUCUGAUGAGGUUGUGUUCGGCACAGAACAUAAAUAUUUUGAAGAAACGGUUACAAGUGAAGACCAAAAUAGAACACCUCACUCCAGUUUGGGAGAAGAUGAUGAACUACUUGCCGUGGGCCCUCAAAUGAACACUGAUGAUAAAGAAAUCACAGUGGAUGAACCACUACUUGAAGAAGUCCACAUUAGCAGAAAAAAUGAUAGCAAGGCUUCUAUAGCAGCAAAAGAUAUGUCAGGGUUAGAGUCCUACAUGGCAACAGGCUUGGAUCAGUGUCUAGCAACAACGUUUGUAGCAGAUCAACCACAGCAAGAGCAUAUUGUUGAGGAAAAUUUUGAACAAACUAUCCUAACCAAGGAUAAAGACAAAGGCAUCCCCCAAAUUACCUCUGAUGAGGUUGUGUUCGGCACAGAACAUAAAUAUUUUGAAGAAACGGUUACAAGUGAAGACCAAAAUAGAACACCUCACUCCAGUUUGGGAGAAGAUGAUGAACUACUUGCCGUGGGCCCUCAAAUGAACACUGAUGAUGAAGAAAUCACAGUGAACGAACCACUACUUGAAGAAGUCCACAUUAGCAGAAAACAUGAUAGUAAGGCUUCUAUAGCAGCAAAAGAUAUGUCAGGGUUAGAGUCGUACAUGGCAACAGGCUUGGAUCAGUGUCUAGCAACAAGGUUUGUCGCAUAUCAACCACAGCAAGAGGAUAUUAUUGAGGAAAAUUUUGAACAAACUAUCCUAACUAAGGAUAAAGACAAAGGCAUCCCCCAAAUUACCUCUGAUGAGGUUGUGUUCGGCACAGAACAUAAAUAUUUUGAAGAAACGGUUACAAGUGAAGACCAAAAUAGAACACCUCACUCCAGUUUGGGAGAAGAUGAUGAACUACUUGCUGUGGGCCCUCAAAUGAACACUGAUGAUGAAGAAAUCACAGUGGAUGAACCACUACUUGAAAAAGUCCACAUUAGCAGAAAAAAUGAUAGUAAGGCUUCUAUAGCCGCAAAAGAUAUGUCAGGGUUAGAGUCGUACAUGGCAACUGACUUGGACCAGUGUCUAGCAACAAGGGUUGUAGUAGAUCGACCACAGCAAGAGUAUAUUAUUGAGGAAAACUUUGAACAAAUUAUCCUAACCAAGAAUAAAGAGAAAGACAUCCACCAAAUCGACCCUGAUGAUUGUGUGAUUAGCACAGAACACAAAUAUUUUGAAGAAACUGUUAAAAGUGGUGACAGAAAUAAAACAAUUCAUUCCAGUUUCAGUGAAGAUGAUGAAGAAUUUGCUCUGGGCCCGCAAAUGAACACUGAUGAUGAAGAAAAUACAAUGGAUGAACCACUACUUGAAGAAGACCAUAUUAGCAGAAAAAAAUAUAGCAAGGCUUCCACAGUCGUAAAAGAUAUGUCAGGGUUGCAGUCCUUAAUGGCAACUGACUUGGACCAAUGUCUAGCAACAAGGUUUGUAGCAGAUCAACCACUGCAAGAGGAUAUUAUUGAGGAAAAUUUUGAACAAACAAUUCUCACUAAGGAUAAAGAGAAAGACAUCCAUCAAAUUGCCCCUGAUGAGGUUGUGCUCAGCACAGAACAUAAAUAUUUUGACGAAAGUGUUAAAAGUAGAGACAGAAAUAGAACACCAUAUUCCAGUUUUGGAGAAGAUGAAGAACUUUCUGUGGGUCCUCAAAUAAACACUGACAGUGAAGACAAUACAGUGGAUGAACCACUAUUUGUAGAAGUCCACAUUAGCAAAAAGAAGGAUAGUGAGGCUACUAUAGCAAUAAAAGAUAUGUCAGGGUUGGAGUCCCUCAUGGCAACUGAUUUGGAUCAAUGUCUAGCAACAAGGUUUGUAGCCCAAAAGGAAACAGAGGAAGCAAGAAGUACAUUUGAAGACAAACAUUACUUAACUACAGAGGGGCCUGUGACGGAAGAAUGGGUGGGGCUGAAGUCUUCAUAUCAACUCUCCAAAAAUGUAAGAAAUAUGUCUGGCAUGAUAUCCCUACUUAAGAGUGACUUAGACCAAGACCUCUUAGAUAGGCCAGUGGCACAUGAGACUCCACAAGAGGACCUUAUCCAAGAACAGUUUCAGAAAGUUCAGAAACCCUCUCGUGAGGAGACAAAUGUGGAAGACAAGCAAGAUGAACAAACACAGAUGCAGAAUGAUAUGGCUGACGGCAAAGAGAAGGCUAUGUCAGGCAUUAUGUCGGUCCUUGGUAGUGACUUAGAGAAGGGUUUCAAAGACUAUCAUGUGGCAACACAAGAAGAUACAAUAAGUGGUGCAGCAAUCACAACACAGCUGAGUGGUGAAUCACAGAUGCCAAUUAACCAAGUUUGGAUUGAGAGAAAGCCACAACAGCAAGAGUUUAUGAUCAAGCAAGAUGGUUCAGGCAUGCUAUCACUGCUAAAUCAUGACUUAGACCAAUGUUUAAAAGAAGAGCCAGUGGUGAUACAAGGCUAUCCAGAAGAGGAUGCAAUCCACGAGAGGUGCAGACAGGUUGUAAUACCAAAAUACUCUGACAGAGACACAUCUACAUUUUCACCAGUUUCACCAAAUGGAAACUCACAUUUUAGUUGCAACAGUGAAAGUACUGUGAAAAUGACAAAACUGAAUGAAACAAUAGGCGAAUGCCACAAUGAUUAUGACGAUACAAAUAUUGAUGCCAUUACCCCAAAUAUACCACAGAGGCCAACUGAUUUUAAGAACUUAGACACUGUGGUUAUGGAUGACACAGUGAAAGAGCUUUAUCGAAAAGAUUCGCUGGAGGCAAGUCCUGUCGCGGAGGAUACAUCGUCAAAAAGAUCUCCAGACUCCAUUGAGCCAAGCCCUACCAGAGAAUCUCUUUGUCCAGACUCUCUUGAAGGAAGUCCAACUCAAUCCGAAAAAAUUGGAGAAGGAAUAACGCACAAGGCAGCAGUGUAUGAGGAUUAUGCAUCACAGCUAAAAGCAUGUUUGGAUUAUGACACAAAUAUUUGCAUAAAUGACUUUACGCCUGAUGAGUCAGAAAAUUUCACGCAAAUGGAAGGUGACAAAUAUUCGACGCUUCAAGAAGAUGACAACGAGGAUUAUUCCACACACCAACAGUUUACUCCAGAAGAGGAAAUGUUUAAAAUGGCUGCAAGAAUCAAAACGUUUGAUGAAAUGGAACAGGAAGCUAGAACCAACAGAGAUGCAUCCUCAUUUGAACCAUCACAGGCAGGAAUCUCAGAGGAAUUAUUUCCAGAAAAGGACGAGUCUUUGAAAAACAGAGAAAGCGAAAGUGAAAUACAGGACAACGAAGACUACAUGACACAUUUUUACAGCGGUGUUACUGAACAUCUCUAUCCAGAUGAUGAUUUAAAGUACAACCCAAUGCUUGAUAAUGGUUCAGAUUCUUUAACUGAACCUAUGGCUGUGGUGUUUGCUAAAGAAACCAAAAAUGAUACAUCAAGUUGUGUGUACUCUGUAACCUUAAAUGAAGACGCUGAUCUGGCAGAGGACCAAAAAACACUUGAUAAAUCACCUAUUCAAUCACCAAUUGAUGACAUAACCCCUGAUCAAUUUCAGUUUAAAAAGGGAAAGCUAUUUGAAAUGACCAGAGGGGGCGCAAUAGAUUUAACAAGAAGUGCUGAUGAAGAAGCUGAAGGAUAUGCAUUUUUUCAAAUAGAGGGAUGUCCAACUGAAGUUGUUUCAGAGGAAAUUGGAGAAGAGCAAAACACCUUUUCAACAUUCGAUAAAGGUUAUUUAGCUGCAAAGGAAAUCCUACAGAAGACAGGGGAUGAUGAAGCCCCAACUCCUAAACCCAGAACUCUCUUCCCUCCCUCAAGUGACAAGUCAAAGAGUGAGAAGUAUCUUUCUGAAACAGAUCUUGGCAGCUCUACGGAAGUUCAGCUGGGCUCCCCCAGUGGAUUGGACAAGCUGAACCUUAUUCAAAGUGACGAUGAAGGUUUUAAAGGCCAUGGUGCAAACUACCUUGACUCUACGAUAGCAGAUCUUCAGUCAAACGCAAAUGUAGUGUAUCAAUCAGCAUAUUCAAAGCAGAAUUAUGAUUCUUCCGACUCAUCCCCGGAUGAAGAUGAGGAAGAUCAGUGUUCGGUCAUUGAGAUGUCUUCUUCAGGUGCACAAUGCAGCAAAAAAAAGGAAUCUGAACCAGAUUUGGUCACAAAAAAGACAGAUACAUCCAUGAAACGUAGGACAAGAUCUGAGACUGAUGGUGGCCCAAGUAAUGUCUCACAAAAAAAUAGCAGGAGUUGUUCUGAAAGCACUCAGUUAACAUAUGAGUCCAACCUUUCAAUAGCAAAACCCAUUCUCUCAACAAAACAGAAACACAAAAGAAUCCAUAUCGGUGAGGCAGAAGAAUCUUCAGUUUCUUUGGACACUGAUGAUAUAAGCAGCUCAAGUCGUAAGAGUCCAGAUUCUGUUAUCUUUACUUAUGACAUGCCAGCCUCGAGCAGUUCAGAUUCAGAUCCUGUUACGGCUGUUCGCCGGUCUUCUAGUGCAGUGGCUGUAUUUGAAUCUAGGCCUACCUGGGAUGACAAGGUGGAAACACAGAUGCAGAGAAUCACCGAUGAUCAAACUUCAGAAUGUACGGCAGGUAUGGCCAGAUUUACAUAGGCUUUUUAUUUCCUCGGCGGCAACAACUCUUUUUUUUCCUUUGUCGGAGCAUUGUGCCAUCACAUGUGUGCAUAUAGUGGUGUUUUGCAUGUUGGUGAGUUGUUUGUCCAUCUCAUCUGUGUGUAUGUGCUAUCUCAAGAUUCAAUGGUCAUGUUGGUUUUAGAAAUAGCAGCUUAUUUUGAUGCCGACUAUUGGUAUCUCUGAUACUAAUAUAGCUUUACUAAUAUUACUAAAUUUUAUUUGCAAACCUUAACCAUGUAAUAUUUUUGAAACGCCAACCUUUAUAUUUUCAUCCAUAUCAACAUUACAUAACCACUUAUCAUUUCAGGUAUAUUAUAGUUCAUAAGCUAUAAAGCAUUAGGAACGAUAGUAAAUUUGUGUGAAGGUUAC